UCGCUCCAGGACGCCUUCAAGCGCUUCCGCGGCGAGCGGAAGCGCCAGCAGACGCGCGUGCCCGCGAGCAGGCUCAAGGUCCUCGCGGCCGCGCGGCGCGCCCGGGACCCCGCGGGCGACAAGCGGUGGCUCCGGCGGAAGUUCAUCGAGCACGCCAAGACCUACAUGGGCAUCCCCUACGCGGAGCGCUACCACAAGCCCGGCGACCCGCUCUACGGCAGGCCGCUCUACCUCGACUGCUGCAACUUCAUCCGCCGCGUCGUCCAGGACAUGCGCGCGGACUUUGGCUUCGACCUGGGCAUGUGGAACCAGGCCUACCAGUUCGCGACGCUGCCCGACGCCUGCGCCUUCGAGGAGCUCGAGCCGGGCGACCUCAUGUUCGUCGAGGCGACGUACCACACGGGCAAGCACCGGCAGCAGAAGAUGAACAUCGUCCACGUCGAGAUCUACCUGGGGGCCGAGUUCGGCACGGGCCCGGAGUCGAACCUGGGCUCGCGGAACCGCUGGGGCUGCGUGGAGAUCCUCGAUUCCUACAAGUACGCGUCGUCGUUCUACGAGAUCACGAACGUCUUCUGGCGCAAGCUCGACCCCUGGCUCGAGGGCAAAUGC